ACCAUCGCGCUUACCUAUGACGACAUAAACCUGCGACAAAGUGACUGACGGUUACUCAGCGGAGCUAGUUGCCAUUCAGCGUCGUUACCCGUCUAAUCCGCACCUGAAUCCCGGAGACAGCAGGCGCGUCUCCAUCAGAGAGCACAGAGAGGUCUGAGCCUCCGUCACCAUGACAGACAACAAGCGCCUUGCCUUUUCCAUCAUCCAGUUCCUCCACGAUCAGCUCCGCUCAGGAGAUCUGUCCUCAGAUGCUCAAGAGAGUCUGGAAGUGGCUGUUCAGUGUUUGGAGACGGCAUUUGAAGUUUCCACGGACGACCAGAGUUUAGCCGUCCCCGUGACGUUACCGGAGAUCUUUGCGUCUGCCACAGCCAAGGUAGAUGAGGGUGGGAGGUUUUGGAUCCUUCAGGACAGGAACAACCUCAUUUCGGAGUUUCCAGCUCAGUCGCAGGCCAACAACAACUCCCCCUCCAACUCCCCCACAGAGGAACAGAGAGCCGAGGCAGAGCGGCUGAAAGGCGACGGUGAGUACGAAGGGGUGUUCUCACUCUGUGGGUCCGGUCCUCAGAAAAGCCAGCAUGAGGGGAACCAAACCCUGACUGAGCUGUUCUGUCCUUCAGGGAAUGACCAGAUGAAGGUGGAGAACUUUGCAGCUGCUGUGGAGUUUUACUCCAAGGCCAUCGCCCUGAACCCUCAGAACGCAGUCUACUACUGUAACAGGGCUGCAGCCUACAGUAAGCUGGGGAACUACGCCGGAGCCGUGCAGGACUGCGAGCUGGCCAUCGGCAUCGAUCCCAACUACAGCAAAGCCUACGGACGCAUGGGCCUGGCUCUGGCCAGCCUCAACAAACACACAGAAGCUGUCAGCUACUAUAAGAAGGCCCUGGAGCUCGACCCGGACAACGACACCUACAAAACCAACCUGAAGAUCGCAGAGGAGAAGAUGGAGACAUCCAGCCCAACUGCAGGCAUGGGGGGAGUUGACCUGGCUGGUUUGCUGAGUAACCCCGGCUUCAUGAACAUGGCAUCUUCACUGAUGAACAACCCUCAAGUCCAGCAGCUGAUGUCUGGGAUGAUGUCCGGAGCGUAUGGUGGGAUGGGAGCAGGAGCAGGAGCAGGAGUUGGAGGAGGAGGAGUGGGAUUAGGAGGAGUAGGAGGAUUAGGAGGAGGAUUAGGAGGAGCCAGUGCUGCAGGAGGAGGCCCUGCCCCCGCAGCCCCCGCUGCCCCGGCAGCUGGAGACCUGUCAGGACUCAUCCAGGCAGGUCAGCAGUUUGCUCAGCAAAUGCAGCAGCAGAACCCCGAACUCAUCGAACAGCUGAGGAGUCAAAUCCGCAACCGAACGCCCAGCGCCAGCAAUGAGGAGCAGCCUUGAUGCCCACCCAGGUCGGACAGGUUUGGAGGAGGGGGAUGUGUCUGGUGACCUUUUUCCUUUCUCAUGUGGAUGUAUAACUCGAAGGACUACACAGAAGCUUUUGUUUUUUCCAUCACUGAUUCAGGCCUGCAUGAGAGACGGCGAGGCCUCGUUCAGGAGCCACGCCUCCCCAAACGCCACCUGCUGUGGCUCUGUGUGGUUUUUAUGGAGGGCGAUAACCCAAAAAUCAGUCUUUAGUUUCCUCUAAAAACCACACAGUGUAACUUUAAAUGCUUUUUGUUGGUGCAGCACCGUGUUUCUGAGGCAUGAGAGAGUGUCGGCCCUUUAGAGUAAAUGAACUAAAAACUCAUUGGCCUCAUGGAGCUGCAAGGCAACAGCAGGAGGCGGUUUGAACACAGUUUGAUUAAAAGCAGCAUCUCAACCUUUUAUUCCCUUUCUCUCUGAUGUCUGAUUGUUUUCUGCUUUUCUCACGUUUUCUGCAUUAACUUUUUUUAUUUUCCUCAUUUGAUCACAUGAAAAUUUUCAGGUAUAAAAUGUAAGGGUUUUUUUGCCACAAAAAAAAAACAGGAAGUAAUUCAAAAUGCAGCUUAUAAACAUGUUUACUGGAGGUGUCAUUAGGGCAGUCCAUGUUUGGGUAAGGACUUUUCCCCUUGUGCCGUCCUCUGGACAAAUGAGCAGAUAUCUCUGAGGUCAGAAAGAGCUCAGAGCUUUGGCUGUUUUUGGACAUGUAUAAAAAUAACAAAUUUAUUGUUGUUUCUUUUUCUUCAACAUAACCAUCACACUGAUUAAAGUGCUCACAGAAGGUUACUCCAUACCCCAAGUGGGGUGGAGGACUAGAAUCAUGUUUUUAUAGCAGAGAAAUUCUGUUUUCACUGGUUGUGUGAUUGGAUUCAGGACUGUGCCCCCUUGUUAUUAAAGUAGAGACGUUCCUGUUUUGGUCCACUGUAAAUUUACCACAGAAUGGGUAUGAAUAAUCACUGAUCAAAUCCAUUAUGCAACAUCUCAGAGGAAAAUAUUACUGUUCAAGCCUGAGGCCCAUGGAAAAACAAAUCUACAGAGAGCAGCUGCUCACCACUAAAAAUGAGAGAGGGAAGGAAGCAUAGAUGAGCUGGCAGUUUUUAACAUUUUAUGGACUGGAAUAUACUAGUAUUAUUUUAUGUCAGCUAUCAGUCUAACUUACAUUUUUAAUACAUAGGAUGAAGUAUCUCAAACAAAAUACAAUGUAUUUACAGCUAUAUUCACAUAACGAAUUAAAAUCUGCUACAAGCAGAUUAAAAUAGUUAAUUUUUCAUCGGAUGAUUUAUCAAAAUUAUUAAUCAUGUUCCGUAUUGAAAUUUUUACAUUUUUCUGUAAACAAGUGAAUUUGUUCACGUCAUCCAAAAAAUCCACCACUCACAACUCGUAGAUUAUCUGACGUUACAGGAAGUAUUUUGUAUGUUUGUGCACCUGCUGAGAGAGGAGGAAGCGUAGUGUACGGACAGGUAAACUGUGCAGCUUCGGAUAUAUUUAUGUCGUAAUGUGUUCUUUAUGAUGUUAGGUCACUAUUUGUGUUAACUAACAAAGAAUGGAGUCACCACUGUGAUGAAGGGCGUCGCGUUUGUGACUGUUAGCCUCAUCUAGCAAGGCUAGCGAACAUAAGGGGAAGUUAGCCAAAGUUAGUGUGACGGUCACCGGAAGUUGUCUUAUUUCGCGUUUAAUUCAACUGUAUUUUUAAAAAACACUUUAAAGAUAACGUAAUGAAAAACUGCAAAACUUAGCUUUAGCUCUAAAUGAAAUGUAUUUACUUGAAAAUAGCAAAAUAUAAAUUGAGUUGUUCUCCUAAAUGGACUCUAUUUAUGAAAUCAUGACCGGAAGUACAGUGUAGUUCAAUUAAAAUUGUGGAUACUUUUUCUUUACUACUGAUCGAACGUUUAAAGCAUUUUGUUUUUUGUUUUAAAGUUUGUUUAGAAGGCAAAAUCUGGUUUGAAUCCUUUGUUUAAGCUCUGAUCUCUGUCAGUAUGAUAAAUUCAUGUUAUUCCUGAAACCAAGUUCAUACAUUUUUCCUUCAACCAGUUUGAGUUUGUUACCAUUUAAGUAACGUUCAUCCAAAGUGUUUUUUUAAAACACUUUCAUUCUUACUAUUUUUAUUUUUUGCUGUAUAUUAUGCUAAAUGUUGUAAUUAAGCUGCUUUAUUUUAUUUAUCGGAUCGUUUUUCAGUUGGUUUUACUCUGUUUAUUUAGUGUUUUUCUACGUUAACUGCU